GGGGACGAAGGCGGCUGGGACGCACCGAACCUGGUGAAAACUUCUCCACGGAGGGCUCUGGGAACCCGAGUCCGGCUCUGUACUUUCUGAAUUCAGCGCGGAAACAGCUCUGCUGAGCUCUCGGAACCUCAGUUUUCCCUUCUGUCGAGUGGGGGCAACAAUGCCUGCUCUGUUUAAGGAUAUUUACGUAAAGCGCCUUGCUCAGCGUAGGCGCUCCAUAAAUGGUAGUUAAUUUUUGUAAACAGCCCCCUGAGAAGAUUCGUUUGCUGAGUUCCUGCCUGGUCCGGGAGGCCAGUUUAUGCCGCGUUGGAGGCGAAGAGUCAAAUUCCAUGUUGAGCACCCGACGAGCGCCACUUCGCACUCAUCCAGCCUGAGGCAAGAAUUGGAAGGCGAGGGCCUCAGGAGAAGGGGGACAUUCUUGCACCCUAGAGUCCUCUACUGGGGAACUCAUUUGGCUCCCUAGGCCUCAGAACUCGGGUCGUUUUCAGCCUGUAACAGGGAAGCCCGCAGCAUACGCUGAACCCGUGCGGCCGCUCUGGCUCAGCCUUGUCUCGACGGAUUUCAGUUUCCUUUUCUCUGCAGCUGCUGCCCGACACCUCGCAGAAUCCCGGGGAUUUGCCCGGUGAUCGUGACGUAGACAAUAUUCAGCUUCCGAUUGGAAGGCGCGGCUUAGCAGGGGCCAAUCCCGGGGCUGGCCCAGGAGAAAUCUCGCCGGAGGGCCCUGGAGAGCCCGGAGACUGCGGGGCUGGGGGGCGCUGUCGCGCUGGCUGCUCGGAGAGCGCCGGGUCCCGGAACACACCGCGGCGGGAGAGAAGCGAUCUCAGCCUCGCAUUCGCAACUCGAAACCCGGAACCGGAGAAGCCCCUGCCAGUGAACAGAGCAGCGCCUUCUCUGUGCUCAGGGCACCAUGGCCACAUCAGCCCCACUGCGGAGUCUGGAAGAAGAGGUGACCUGCUCCAUCUGCCUUGAUUAUCUGCGAGACCCUGUGACUAUCGACUGUGGCCAUGUCUUCUGCCGCAGCUGCACCACUGAAAUCCGCCCCGUCUGCCCGCUCUGCAAGAAGCCCUUUAAGAAGGAGAACAUCCGCCCAGUGUGGCAGCUGGCCAGCCUGGUGGAGAACAUUGAGCGGCUGAAGGUGGACAAGGGCCGACAGCCAGGGGAGGGGGCCCGGGAGCAGCAGGAUGCCAAGCUGUGCGAGCGGCACCAGGAGAAGCUGCACUACUACUGUGAGGAUGAUGGGAAGCUGCUGUGUGUGAUGUGCCGGGAGUCCCGGGAGCACCGGCCCCACACGGCCAUCCUCAUGGAGAAGGCCGCCCAGCCCCACAGGGAAAAAAUCCUGAACCACCUGACUACCCUCAGGAGAGAUAGAGACAAAAUUCAGGGCUUUCAGACGAAGGGAGACUCCGAUAUCCUAGCCGCGCUGCAGAAGCUCCAGGACCAGAAGCAGUGCAUCGUGGCCUUGUUUGAGACGAGUCAUCAGUUCCUGAGGGAGCGGGAGCAACACCUGCUGGACCAGUUGGCAAAGCUGGAGCAGGAGCUCACGGAGGGCAGGGAGAAGUACAAGGCCAGGGGCAUCGGGGAGCUUGCCCGGCUGGCACUGGUCAUCUCCGAGCUGGAGGACAAGGCACAGCAGCCAGCUGCAGAGCUCAUGCAGGACACCAGAGACUUCUUAAACAGGUAUCCACGCAAGAAGUUCUGGAUUGGGAAACCCAUCGCCCGGGUAGUUAAAAAAAGAACUGGAGAAUUCUCAGAUAAACUUCUCUCUCUGCAGCGAGGCCUGAGAGAAUUCCAAGGGAAGCUACUGAGAGACCUGGAAUACAAGACAGUGAGUGUCACUCUGGACCCACAGUCGGCCAGUGGGUACCUUUUGCUGUCGGAGGACUGGAAGUGUGUGACUUACAGCAACCUGUACCGGAGUAACUACUUAUACCCCCAGCAGUUUGACUGUGAACCUGGGGUGCUGGGCAGUAAAGGUUUCACCUGGGGCAAGGUCUACUGGGAAGUGGAAGUGGAGCGGGAGGGCUGGUCCGAGGAGGAAGAGGAGGGGGACGAGGAGGAAGAAGGGGAAGAGGAGGAGGAGGAAGAGGAGGCUGACUAUGGGGAUGGAUAUGACGAAUGGGAAACAACGGAUGAGGACGAGGAAUCGUUGGGGGAUGAGGAGGAAGAAGAGGAGGAAGAGGAAGAAGUUCUGGAAAGCUGCAUGGUGGGGGUGGCCAGAGACACCGUGAAAAGGAAAGGUGACCUCUCCCUGCGGCCGGAGGAUGGUGUGUGGGCGCUGCGCCUCUCCUCUGCGGGCAUCUGGGCCAACACUAACCCUGAGGCUGAGCUCUUCCCAGCACUGCGGCCCCGGAGACUGGGCAUCGCCCUGGAUUAUGAGGGGGGCACCGUGACUUUCACCAAUGCAGAGUCGCAGGAACUCAUCUACACCUUCACUGCCACCUUCACCCGGCGUCUGGUCCCCUUCCUGUGGCUCAAGUGGCCAGGAACGCGUCUCCUGCUGAGACCGUGAGCCAUGACACCUGCCCCUGAUCCCACAGCCACAGAUGCUUCGAUUCUAGGGAAUUCCAGGACUCUCUGAAC